AACUCAUCAAAAAUAUAUUAAGUGUUAAGAAAAUAUAAAGAUAAUUUCAUUAUGAAUAUAAAAUAAACAACAUAAUAAUAGAUUCUUACUUAUAUAAAAUAUGUAUACAUAUAAAUUAUUAAUUUAUAAUUUUAGUGGGACCAUAUAUUUACAUAUAGUUUUAUAAAAAAUAAUUAUGUUAUUAUUUUAUCGAUUUGUGUCAAAUUUUGAACCGGCUCAAGUUGGGACCAACGGAAUAUAUUAAUUUAUAGAGAUUAUUAAUUUAUCGAGUAUUAAUUUAUAGAUAUUAUUAAUUUAUCGACGAAAUGUAUUUUCAAAAACUACAUUUCAUAUAUUUUCUCAUCACUGAAAUUAUCUCAUUCAUACACGUAUGUGUUUUUUAAAAGAGAAAUAUGCCAAAUGUAUACCAUAAAUUCCUUUAACUAUUAAUUUAAAUAUAACCUGUUAUAGACUUAUAGUAUGUAUGAUGUUACAUUUUUUAAAAAUCUUUUAAACAUGAUAAUACUGAUAUAUUUGGGAAUAUUCUUAUGAUGCUUAGGUUCAACCGAUUGACCAACUUUCCAAACUCACCUUCUAUCAACCGUUUUUUUACCAUGGAAUUGGUUAGACGGCCGAGUUUUAGAACAUGACUUUAAUGUAUAAUUAGUGUGUAUUUUCUUGAACCAGCAUUUUAGUUUAUAAUAUUUUGUAUAUUUUGAACCAGCAUUUUAUUUUAUUGUAUAUUUAGUAUGUUGGUGUCUAUCUUCAGAGAGUAUAAAUUAUCAAAGUCAACCUUCCGCUCAUAAAUUUCUCCCAGUGUCAAAUUAAAGUAUACAACUCAAAUAUUGUGAAACAUUAUGAUCAUAUUUUUUAAAAUAUAUGUUGGCUAUAGUUGAAUUUAUCAAAUGAAACAUGUUUACUCUAACAAGUAAAAUGAAAACCAAGCUGUGAUGAUCUUGAGAGUUGACCUUCGAAUAUUUCACAGCUAUAUAAAGGACAUAGCAAAACUCUAAUUCCUCCUCAAGCAAAUCAACAAUUUCUCCAAACUAAUAAUAUCAUCCUUCGUCUAAGGUAAAAAACUAAACUAUAAACACAUAACGAGCUUAUAAUUUAUUUAUUAUUUGCGAGAAAUUUCUUUUUUUGAUAAAUAAUGUUUAUUAAUGGUAAAAAAUGCAGGCAGCUAAUUAAAUUCAAAUUUUCAACAAUGGCCAAGACUAAUCCGCCGGACGGAGGAGGGUCCGAUGCAAAUGAAAAUACAUCCGUUCGUCACAGAGUGGCACGUCCUCCGAAGGAGGGUUUGCUAAAGGAGUUCAAGUCGGUGGUUCAAGAAACGUUCUUCCACGAUGCGCCUCUGAGGGAUUUUAAGGACCAAACAGCAUCUAAGAAGGUGUUGCUCGGGAUCCAAGCUGUCUUCCCAAUCAUUGGAUGGGCUAGAGAGUACAAUCUUCGAAAACUUAGAGGAGAUGUCAUUUCUGGUCUCACCAUUGCUAGUCUUUGUAUCCCUCAGGAUAUUGGAUAUGCAAAGCUCGCGAAUUUGGAUCCAAAAUAUGGACUUUAUUCAAGCUUCGUGCCACCACUGGUGUAUGCGGGCAUGGGGAGUUCUAGAGAUAUUGCGAUCGGACCAGUGGCGGUGGUGUCUCUUCUACUUGGCACUCUUUGCCAGGCCGUGGUCGACCCGAAUGAGCAUCCCGAGGAAUAUCUCCGCCUUGCCUUCACCGCCACUUUCUUUGCUGGCGUUUUCGAAGCUGCCCUUGGUUUUCUCCGGUUGGGAUUCCUGAUAGACUUUCUGUCACAUGCGGCUGUGGUUGGGUUCAUGGGAGGAGCAGCCAUUACAAUUGCUCUCCAACAACUUAAGGGCUUUCUUGGCAUCAAGAAGUUCACCAAGAAAACUGAUAUUGUUUCCGUCAUGCACUCGGUAUUCGGGGCUGCUCGUCACGGGUGGAAUUGGCAGACUAUUGUCAUUGGUGCCAGUUUCUUGACAUUCCUUCUUGUCGCAAAAUACAUUGGGAAGAAGAACAAAAAACUCUUUUGGGUUCCGGCAGUUGCUCCUCUUAUUUCCGUCGUUGUCUCCACUUUCUUUGUCUUUAUAACUCGUGCGGACAAACAAGGAGUCCAAAUUGUGAGGCAUAUAGAUCAAGGAAUCAAUCCGAUUUCAGUUGGUAAGCUUUACUUUUCCGGAAAAUAUUUUACCGAAGGAAUUCGAAUUGGGGGCGUUGCUGGUAUGGUAGCCCUAACGGAAGCUGUAGCCAUUGCAAGAACGUUUGCCGCAAUGAAAGACUAUCAAAUCGAUGGAAACAAAGAGAUGAUCGCAUUGGGUACUAUGAACGUUGUUGGUUCACUCACUUCUUGUUACAUUGCCACAGGUUCAUUCUCGCGAUCUGCCGUAAACUACAUGGCGGGAUGCCACACAGCUGUUUCAAACAUUGUGAUGGCCAUAGUGGUAGCUCUAACAUUAGUGUUCAUCACACCGCUCUUCAAGUACACGCCAAACGCCAUCCUCGCAGCAAUCAUUAUAUCAGCCGUCCUUGGUCUUAUUGAUUUUGACGCAGCAGUCCUCAUAUGGAAGAUCGAUAAACUCGACUUCGCGGCUUGCAUGGGAGCUUUCUUCGGAGUUGUUUUCGUUUCAGUCGAAAUCGGUCUCUUGAUUUCCGUGGUGAUAUCGUUUGCGAAGAUUCUGCUGCAAGUGACGAGACCAAGAACAGCGGUUCUAGGGAAGCUUCCAAGGACGAAUGUGUAUCGGAACACUCUACAGUAUCCAGAUGCUGCCAAAAUUCCCGGAAUCUUGAUCAUUCGCGUUGAUUCUGCCAUCUACUUUUCCAACUCCAACUAUGUCCGAGAAAGGAUUCUAAGAUGGUUGCGAGAAGAAGAAGAAAAAGCUAAAGCAGCAGACAUGCCGGCAAUCAAGUUUCUAAUUAUUGAGAUGUCACCGGUUACAGAUAUUGAUACCAGUGGUAUCCACUCCAUUGAAGAGCUUCACAAGAGUCUUGAAAAGAGACAAAUCCAGUUGAUUCUUGCAAAUCCCGGACCAGUGGUGACUGAGAAGCUUCAUGCUUCUAAGUUUGCUGAUGAGAUUGGGGAGGAGAACAUCUUCCUUAGCGUUGGCGACGCGGUCGCAAUUUGUUCUCCUAAAUUGGCUGAGCAACAAGCAUAAUAAGGAGCUGAACUAAACCUUCACCAACCAUUGUUUUGAUUUGUGUGUGUGUGUGUGUGUUUUUUUUGAGAGAUAUAUGAUAAUUUGUGCAACAUAUGGUUCUUAAGUUUGACUCCUUCCACUGUUAUUUUCUCUCGUGUUUGUGUUUGAUAUGAGAUGAUAAAUAAAUUGUACUUCCAACUUAUGUCGACGAUUAUGUGUUUAAUCUAUUUUAUGUUGUUUUAUACUCGCCGAUAGUGUUUUGUUAUUUAACUAAUGAGUAUCUAUGAAAAGUUCAACUUCCCGAUAAUGAAAUAAUCUAUGAGUCUAUGAGUCUUUUCACUUUGAAUACCAAUAAUGUAUGUGUUGUAUUUGGAAUCCUUGGGUCCGGAUACUCCAAAGCAUGUUGUCUUAAAGAGAGACUGAACACUAACCAAUUAAUAUUAUUAUUUGUAGUUAUAGCAGAAAAGCUACCUAUAUUAUAAGUAGUUUUUAUAUUUAUAUGUUAUAUUUUGUUAUACUGGAUUAGAUAUAAGAAACCAAGAGACGGUCAGCAGAAGUCUCAAUCGUAAAGAAAACCCAAACAACCUAACUUAUCAGAUAUUAUAAGCAUCAAUCUCGUCCUAGUUCAUCAUCGUUUCAAUUAACUAAUUGGCACUUGUUUAAUAUGAUGAAAUUUAUGUGAAAAACUGACAGCUAGGCACUGUUCACAAAGCCGCUUAAGAGGGCAAAUACAUCGCAGACUGUUUCACCUAAAUAAUACUACAGAACACAAAAAGAAACAAUAAUAUCUGGAUAGAAAGAAAACCUAGUCCAUGUCCAAUAAAAGAACCAAAAUCUACAUAAUAUUUGGGUGGACUUUCUCCACCUUCACCAAAAGGCAGAAAUUAGGUGGUUUGAUGGUCAGGCCAAUUCUAUAAUAAAACAGUAUUUAUAUGAACGUGCAAGUUAAUAAAGAUAACAUUGUGAAUUCGACAAUAAGAUUCUACAACAACCUUAUUUUUAAAAACUUUUGUAUACCUACCUAAUAUUGGUUCAGUUUAUGCAUAUUCCACAAAAUAUAAAUACUGUUUUAUGAUCCAAUAUUUAGGUAUUGAUCCAAUACUUUUGUAUUCAACAUUUUUCGUUUAUGGCAUUUAAAAUAUAAAUAUUUUUGAUGCUAUGAUCAAUGAUAUUCAUCGAGAAAGACAAAUAUUUAGGUCUUGGUCCAAUACCAAUACUUUAGGUAUUGAUCCAAUACUUUUGUAUGAAGAAUAAGCCAGCGAGCACACACAGCCCCCGGAGACAACAGCUAAAGGAGAAAAUAAACUUCCCUAGGGAAACUAACUUGCCUCGUUGUGUCUCCUUGUCUGAAGAGAUCGUUCAGGUCUAAAUAUUCCACUCAUCAUGUUGUUUCCACUCAUCAUGUCUUAUUGUUUGUUUUAUAUGCUCCACCAGGAUUGUCUAACCCCGUAAAACCGAACCAGUUAAAACCAAACUAGACCGAAAUAGAGAAAAUGGUUUGGAUUUGUUAAUACCGAAUAUAACGAAUAUAAGUUAUUUAUAAAAAAUCGCUGUAUAUAGAUAUGGUUUGAUAUAUAAACCGAUUUUAGUAAUUUAAUAUUUUGUUUAAGUUAAAUGUUAUUCUUCAUUUUUAUCAAAUUAAACAAAACAUAAUUUUUACUUUUCGUUAAUAAAUAUGUGUACCAAUAUUUAUUUAUUUAAUAAUAUUAUGGAUUAAUAAUUUUUAUUAUUUUCAUUCUAUAAAAAUAUUAUUAUUAUCAGCCUAAUAUGUUACUAAUUAUUUUAAAUAGUAAAAAACAGGGAUGUAUAUUUAAAUAUAUUUAUAGUUUUUUGGUGUAAACCCAAAUAAAACAAAAACAAAUGGUAUAUAAACCAAAACAAAUCAAAAUAAAUAUAGUUUUAAUAUAGUAGCUAUUUUUUAUAAACUGAAAAACCGAAAAGAAAACAAAUCGAAACUGAAACAAAAUCAGGAUUUGAUACUGUUGUGAUCCACUAACUAGAAAGAGGAAAUAUUAAAACACAUGUAUACAUCUUUUUUAGUAGGUCAAAUUUUAUGUUUACCAUUUUCAUGUUAUCACUUUUCAUUUUUACCACCAUAAAAUGGACAUUUUCAAAAAUACUUUCUUCAUUAAGUGGCAAAAGACUUUUAUACAUUUGUUAUCUAUAUAUAUAUGAUAGAUCAUUAUUUAAAUAAAUAAUUUUUUUAUGUUUUCGAAUUAUACUUUUUCAAAUUCGAACUUUUUAUAAUUUUUUUUUUGAAUUUGUGUGUUUUGAAAUUUUUUUUUCAAAAUUUCUUUUUGAAAAUAAAAAAUUAUGUUUGAAACUAUUUUUAAUUUUUUUUUUAAGUGUUUAUUUAUAUAUUUAUUAGAAUCCUAAAUUUCACAUUCCAAAAACCCUUCCCCACCCUUCAAUUCUAAAGCCUAAGUCUAGAUUAGUUAAUCCUAGGAGUAUAAGUGUCUUUUACUCUUCAUUAAAAGUGAUGGUAAAAGUGAUUAGUGUAAACAUGAAAAUUGAUACUAUAAAUGUGAUAUUUGUGGCAAUUUUCCUUUUUAGUAUAUAUCAAUACUUUCUGCAAACUUGCAAAACACAUUCUCCAUCCGUUCCCGAAAGUAAGAUUUUCUAGAGUAUGCACGCUUAUUAAGAAUUUAAUAAAUAUUUAUAAUUUAAUUUAUUUUUUACAUUAUUAUACACUUUUCAAUAAUUUUCCACCGAUAAAAUUUAAUCAAUUCAAAUAUUCUCAAUUAAUGUUCCUCAAAAAUUUUAAAAAGUACUUAAGAAAAUC